CGGUACAGAUCUAAUUUGUAUUUCUGUCAGCACUUUUUUUUUCUUUUCUUUUUGCUUCUCUUCUCUGAUCAUAGCACUAUUCUGCAUGCUCAGUUUACCCUCUCCUGCUGAGGAUCAGACAUCUGAUUGGCUGCCUACAGAAGCACGAAUAACAAACUGCUCUUGGGUUUCUCUUUAACCCAGAGAGAGAGAGUUAGUUCAGUGCACAUUAACUCCAGCCUGAGAAUGAGGUCCUUACUGACAACCCAGAACCAAAACAGCUACCAGGAGCUGAUUAUGAAGGAGAUGUACACGCGGCUCAACUGGAAGAUGAAAUACGGCAAGGAAUAUCCGGUCAGAUUCGCCUCACGCAAAUCCAAGACUUUGAAUCCGACAGUUGCCCCUAAAGUCACUCUCCCCCCUGUGGUAAAAGCGCCGAAGAAGAAGGAGGAAGAAGCUCCGGUGCGACAGCGUACUCUCAGUGAAGCUCCUCUGAUGAGACCAGUCAGUCCUCAAUCCAGAGAGACUCUUUAUAACGGUUUAUCCAAAGAGGGCAAAGGACGCCGUCAGUACCUGAAGAGACGCAUGGAGAAGAUACCUGAAGAACGGUUCGAGUACCCGCUGUUGUCCUCGUGGGAGUACGGAUGGAGAUUAGGUGAUUAUGGGCAUGACUACAAAUCGCCACUGAAAGGAAGAUCAGCGGUUGUCAGGAGCACUUUCUAUGCCAGGAAUGGUGUUUUUAAUAUUCCGUCUGCAACCGAUCACCUUUCUACUUUCUAAAAAAAAGAAGACUCGAUUGCUUGGAGAAUUAUUACCAUGGUGAUAAACAUAUUGAAUGAAAUUUCCAGAUAAUUUCUACUCAGUAUCAAACCUUUCUUCUUACUUAUGCAGUAAAAUAUUUGAAGCAGGAUUACAUUAAAAAUGAGUCUCUGA